CCAUACUCUUCACACCCCUCUCUGUUUCUUUGAACUUGCCACUCUCUCAAAGAAUUAUACAGAGAUAUAGAGAGAAUGGCAGUUCCGGAAAUUAAAGAUGUGGAGAGGGGUGAAAUAGUAAGUCGAGUGGAGGGUCUAGGGAAUCCAUUGUUGAAGAAGGUGGCUGAUCAAGAUGAUGUUGAAGAGAGUGAGAUUAAUGAAUCUUACUUCAUGGUUCUCUUCAGCACUUUUGUUGCUGUCUGUGGCUCUUUUGAGUUCGGCUCUUGUGUUGGAUACUCAGCUCCUACUCAAUCAUCUAUAAGACAAGACCUCAAUCUCUCCCUUGCUGAGUUCUCUAUGUUUGGAUCAAUAUUAACAAUCGGUGCAAUGCUUGGUGCUGUUAUGAGUGGGCAUAUUUCAGAUUUGACUGGCCGUAAAGGGGCGAUGAGAACUUCAGCUUGCUUCUGCAUCACUGGUUGGCUCGCUGUCUUCUUCUCAAAGAGUGCUUUGUUACUCGAUGUAGGAAGGUUCUUCACAGGAUAUGGCAUUGGAGUUUUUUCUUAUGUGGUGCCUGUAUACAUUGCUGAGAUAUCUCCCAAGAAUCUACGAGGUGCACUCACAACGCUGAACCAACUCAUGAUUGUGAUCGGCUCAUCGGUUUCUUUCUUGAUCGGCUCCCUCAUUUCCUGGAAAAUCCUUGCCCUUACUGGGCUUGCUCCCUGCAUUGUUUUGCUAUUUGGCUUGUGCUUCAUACCCGAGUCUCCCCGUUGGCUGGCAAAAGCAGGACGUGAGAAAGAGUUUCGCGUAGCGCUACAAAAGCUGAGAGGAAGAGAUACAGAUAUCACAAAUGAAGCUGAAGAGAUUCAAGCCUCCAUUCAAGCUCUUGAGAUUCUUCCAAAAGCAAGAAUCCAAGAUCUUGUCUCCAAGAAAUACAGUCGGUCUGUCAUCAUUGGUGUUUCCCUGAUGGUAUUCCAACAGUUUGUGGGAAUCAACGGGAUUGGAUUCUACGCAAGCGAAACGUUUGUAAAAGCAGGACUUUCGUCUGGUAAACUCGGAACAAUUGCUAUCGCUUGUGUUCAGGUGCCAAUAACUGUUCUUGGAACAGUCUUGAUAGAUAAAUGUGGAAGAAGGCCACUUAUAAUGAUUUCAUCUGGUGGUAUCUUCUUAGGAUGUAUACUCACAGGAACAUCUUUCUUCCUCAAGGGACAAAGCUUGUUACUUGAAUGGGUGCCUUUCUUAGCCGUGGGAGGUGUACUUAUCUAUAUAGCUGCUUUUUCCAUCGGAAUGGGUCCUGUUCCUUGGGUGAUAAUGUCUGAGAUAUUUCCAAUAAACGUGAAAGGAAUCGCAGGAAGCUUAGUGGUACUGGUGAACUGGUCUGGUGCUUGGGCUGUUUCUUACACUUUCAACUUCCUCAUGAGCUGGAGCUCUCCAGGAACAUUCUACAUGUACUCUGCUUUUGCUGCGAUGACGAUUAUCUUUGUGGCGAAGAUGGUGCCUGAGACGAAAGGGAAGACACUCGAAGAGAUCCAAGCUUCUAUCCGAAGAGAGACAUAAGCCGAAAAGAUUCAAUCAAAAAAUUUGGGGGAAUUUAUCAAAAGGCUCGAGCUUCUUCGGGUGGUGUUGAGCUCAAGGGUGGAGUAGAGUAAAAUAGCAUGAGGGUUUUGUUUGAAUGUUAUGAUAGUAGAUUUAUUUUGUUACGUCAAGGUUUCUAUCAGUUAGGUUUUGAUGUAUGCAUGGUGGGAUUGGGGAAUCGUGGAAAAUUAUAAGAAAAAUUUAAUAAAAUGGAAUGGCAUAAAAAAGGACUUGUUUCGAAA